AUGCAUUUCCCGGCCAGCCUCGCCUGUCUUGCCCUUUUGCACCAAGCGGUCGGGGUUCCUGUUCCCGUAUUGGCACCAACUGGGGGCAUUCCGCCUGCGGCCCCUCCAGCCGCAAACAUGAACGGCCCGAGUGUGAUUUCUGAUGUUCCUCCUCCCAUUCCGGUUCAGGGUCAAAUAAAGUCUUCCAACGGCUUGCCCACAGCCCCGAAUCCCAAUGCUGUGGCGACAACCGGGAAGUCCAAUGCUUUAGCGACAGCUCCGAAGCCCAAUAUCGGGCCAACGGCCCCGAAUCCCAAUGUGAUGGGCGUGAACCCCGGGCUAACUCCGGGAAUGGGCGACGAUGAGUACGGUGAUGAUGAGUACGGCGACGACGACCUCGACCCGGGAUAUGAUGAUCCGAUGAACCCAUCGAAUGGGCUGCCGACUGGUGGUAGUUCAGGGCCCAAACUUCCCGACUAUGGCAACACUCAACUUGCAGGACCAACAGGAACAAAGCCACCCGAUCUACAGGGCCAACAGGGCUGGGGCCGAAAGGAUCAACAGCAGCAACAGCAGCAACAGGAUCAACAGCGCCAACAGCACCAACAGCACCAACAGGAACAAAGCCACUGGUUGGGUUGGCAGAUCCGUUGGAAUACCCUCAAGUUCCAAAAGGACAGGUGCGGGGUCCCUGGGAGCACUGAUAUAAAUCGUUCGUGGUUACAAGAAGACUUGGCCCCUUGGAUUAGUUACAUGGAGCAGGGUAGAGGUGAUUUCACGAUAUGA